AUGUCGUUCCAUCUGUUGAGCCAGGCGAUGCAUGCGAAAAAGGCGCCCGCCGCACGAUCUGCGACCGGAUACGGCUCAUACGAAAAGUACAAUUAUCGGUUGCCUAACGCCGACGAGUUGGCGAGCUCGAACAUCGUCAUAGAGAUCAACCGCGAUGGAUCUGGACGAGUGGAGAAGUCGCGCAUCCAACCUGUCGAGUCUUGUCUCGACUACCUACCCCCGGCCGGUCCUUACUACGACAUGAUGCAGUUCGAAAAGGUGUUCGGCAAGAAUCUCAUGAACAAAUCGAACAAGUGCAUCUCCUGCUGGAAACAGAAGCACGUCAACAGCCUCCGCGAUUGCCGUCAGGAGUGCGCGCUAUGUCGGACUGGUGAUCAUGUUGGAAGUGGAUGUCAUGCUCCGUACAUGCCGAUGACACUUUGGGAGUUACUUGGACACAUGCCUCCGCAUGGCUAUCAAAUCCGUCCCGAGGCUGCUGAGCAGGAUUAUCUCGUUCUCGCCGGCAUCAUCCAUCUCCAGGAGAACAAGGCCUGGCCCAUUCGUCCGAACAUGGAUCAUCCGCUGGUGCGAGAGUUCUACGAGGGUCGAGAUGAUCCGGAACCACUCUUCAGGAAGGCCACCAUUCCGGCGAGGGCAGACAAGACGAGUAAGACACAAGCGAAGCUGAUUACAACACGCACAGAGACCGUCAACGAGACGGAAGCAGCGCCUGUUCUGGCGACUGCUUUACCGACUACAGGUACUGCAUCCGUCGAUUCCUCACUUCCUCACAUCGCGAAGCCGAAUACAGGGGCCGAAGUCAGCAUCGAACAGGAGCAGGAAGAGCUACCCAGGGCUAUACAAGAGGUUGUGGAAGAGGAUAUUGUCCUGGUGGCGGAAGGACAGGCGUUGCCGCCGACGACGGUUGAGCAGCUGCGUGGAGUAAUCGCGGAGAAUGAUGCGAAGGUGGCAAAGCUAGAACAAAGGCUAGCAAAUCAGGGUAAGGAGCUUGAAGAGGCGAAGAACCGGAUUCGUGAAUUGGAGAAGGUGGUAGAGAACGUGGAGUCCAGUAUUGCGAACGAAUCGAAUAAGCAGGCGAGGCGUUGA